CAUUCAGGAAGUGGAAAAAAUAAGCUCAACUGAAGUGUAGAGAACAAGGGCGAAAUUAUUCCCAGUUACCUUCUUUUCCGUUCUGUAAUAUAGUUUUCUGGUAAUUGUUUUUCUUUGUUACAAGUAUUUCAUCCCAUGAAUGUGAAAAACGAGAACAUUUCAAGGACUCUGGAAGUAAACUAUGUCAAUGAGGCCUCGCAAUAGGGAAAUCUGUGCUGACUGCAGCGCCCCUGAGCCUCGAUGGGCCUCAAUCAACAGGGGAGUUCUUAUCUGUGACGAAUGCUGUAGCAUCCACAGAGGCCUGGGCCGCCACAGCUCCCAGGUCCGCCACCUGACCCACACGGCAUGGCCCCCGUCCCAGCUGCAGACGGUUCAGAUGUUGUACAGCAAUGGGGCAAAUUCCAUCUGGGAGCACUGUCUACUAGACCCCUCCUCCAUCAUGAGUGGAAAACGCAAAGCCAACCCACAGGACAGAGUGCAUCCCAAUAAGACAGAGUUCAUAAAGGCCAAAUACCAGAUGUUGGCCUUUGUGCAUCGAAUGCCAUGUCGAGAAGAUGAUAGUGUGACAGCAAAGGACCUGAGCAAGCAACUCCACUCCAGCGUUCGAACUGGUAACCUGGAGACCUGUCUAAGGCUGUUGUCUUUGGGAGCACAGGCCAACUUUUUCCAUCCAGAGAAAGGGAACACUCCGUUACAUGUGGCUGCCAAAGCAGGUCAGCUGCUGCAGGCGGAGCUCCUCACCGUGUACGGAGCUGACCCAGGUGCUCCAGACAGCAGCGGGAACACGCCCAUUGAUUACGCUAGACAAGCAGGGCACCAGGAGCUUGCUGACAGACUGGUGGAAAUCCAGUUUGAAUUGACGGACAGACUAGCAUUUUAUCUGUGCGGAAGAAGGCCAGAUCAUAAAAAUGGACAACACUUUAUAAUUCCCCAGAUAGCAGACAGGAAUAUCAGUCUGGAUUUGUCAGAGCUGGCUAAAGCUGCUAAGAAAAAACUCCAGUCACUCAGCAAUCAUCAGUUUGAAGAGUUGGCUAUGGAUGUGUAUGACGAAGUGGACAGGAGAGAAACUGAUGCAGUGUGGCUGGCUACACAGAACCACAGCACUUUGGUGACCGAAACCACUGUGGUGCCCUUCCUCCCCGUCAACCCUGAGUACUCGUCCACCAGGAACCAGGGCAGGCAGAAGCUGGCGAGGUUCAACGCUCACGAGUUUGCCACACUUGUGAUCGACAUUUUAACUGAUGCCAGGCGGCGUCAACAAGGCAGCUCCCCAGAUCACGCCAAAGAUAACGUGGAACUGAUUCUGAAAGAUAUCGGCAGUCGCCAUGGGAGCGAGAACCAAGAAGCAGACCAGCCCGACUAUGACAGUGUGGCGUCUGAUGAGGACACUGAGCGAGAGCCUGCCUCUGGGAAGGAUGAGCGGACCAAGAGCACUGAGUCGUCUGACCUGUCCGACGGACCCAUCACGGUGCAGGAGUUCAUGGAGGUCAAAAACGCCUUGAAUGAAUCGGAGGCAAAAAUCCAACAGCUCCUCAAGGUCAACUGCCACCUUAGCGAAGAGCUGAGGGUCAUGCAGACCAAGCUGAAUUCCCUGCAGACCGAGAACAGCACCCUGCGAUGGCAGGGAGCCAACACCCCGGCCCAGCCUCAGGAGCCCCAGCGCCGAGCCCUGGCCCGUGGGGGCAGGGCCAUGUCCAUGUACGAGACGGGCUCGGGCCUGAAGCACUACCCCCCGAGAGCAGACUCCACCCAUCACGGCCCUGGUGGCCUCAUGCUCCAGCCCCUCCCCCCAAACAUUGGGAAAGGUCCAUCCGUGGCCGCCUCCUGUUCCCUCCCCGCCUUCCCCUCCUCCUCGUCCUGGGCGUGGGAUGAGCGGGUCCAAAGGAGCUCCAGGGUGGAGGGGCAGGGAAGCGACUACGACAACACACCCAACCACGUGGAGCUGGAAGACUCUGGCCCGCGCCCUGUGAGCAUUCCCAGGGCAGGAGGCCGCCUUGGGGAAGGGGCUAUCCCUGAGCUGGGGGAUCUGGACGAGUGUGAAUCUGACCCAACGCUGCCCUCCACGGAGGACGUCAUCAGCAAGACAGAGCAGAUCACCAAGAACAUCCAAGAGCUGCUGCGGGCCGCGCAGGAGAACAAGCAUGACAGCUUCAUUCCAUGCUCAGAAAGAAUUUAUCAAGCUGUGACUGAAAUGGCCGCCCUCUUCCCCAAGAGGCCGAGCUCAGAGACGGUGCGUGACUCUCUGCGUCUGCUGACGUCCAGCGCCAGCCGGCUCCAGGGCGAGUGCCACCGGGCCAUGCCGCCCGACUCUUGCCCUGCCGACACCCAGCUGGUCACCCAGCAGCUCAUCCAGUGCGCCUACGACAUCGCCAAGGCUGCCAAGCAACUAGUCACCGUGACUACCAAAGAGAGUGACUGAUCUGCCACAGGGCUUGCCUGUUAAUACUGUCUUCACUUCAGAAUGGAAAUCUUUACUCCUUCAUUACAGUUUUUUUUUAUGGCAUCAGUAUUAUGAAAAAGUAUUUUGUCUUUUUUAUUAUUUAAAAAAAAUGCAGUCGGUUUUUGUUAACCAAGAUUUAAAUUAUAACCUUUGAUGUGUAACCUGAUAUAAAUGUUGACACAUAAUGGUGUAUUAACAUUUCUUUCUGCAUAAAGGCCAUACAUUUUUGGUGUUCUACCAACAUAUAGCUCGGUUGGUACUGCCAAUUUCUGGUAACCUGUCAAGGUGCAUUGGAUCAACUGUUAUAUGACGGUGCAGUAUUUUGUAGAUAAAACAACCACAGUGUGUUCAGUCAGUACCUAGGCCUCUGGACAUUUCUGCAUGAAACAUCACUUUAACCAUCUUCCUGUACCACUUAAUAUAUGUACAGUACAAAAAGUGUGUAGCGUCUUUACAUGUAUGCUUUAUUCUAUAAGCUAUUACCUCAGUCAUUUAUAUAUAAAUAUUUUAUUCUCAACUCCUCUAACCUCUUAAUACCAUGUUCCAGAGACCCUAUAACACUGUUUUGUUUUGUUUUUUUUGUUGUCGUUUUUUGUUUUGGACAUGUAUUUGGGUUUAAUACAAAUACGAUGUGUAUUUCUUUUUUAACAACUUUUUUUAAAUUCGUUUUGUUGGUAAAUGCUAAGAGCUGACAGGAACAUCUCUUCUCGUUGCUUUUCUCUGCGUUUGUAUGUAACUGCAGUCGUGAAUGGAGGUCCAGGCGGAGGAUGUGUCCAGUCGCAUUGCCUCUAGUGUCCAGCAGCAAUUGCGCUUGUGACUUUUUGUAUGUGGCGCUCUUCGUUUGUCCUCGUAUAUAAUCCAGUACGUUGUAUAAUGUAUAAAUGCUGCUAGCUGUCUACUACAUAUGCAACUAAAAAGAUGGUGUUGGCUGAAAUCCCAUCCCUGUACUGUCACAAUUGGGGAGCUGAUCGAGGCGCAGCGAUGAACCGCUUGCACCUCGUAGCUAAAAUAAUGAGAAGCGCGUCGGUUUGGCUUCUGUGAAAAUCUUGUCAGUGAACACAAUAAACCACGAUUUAUUACACGCGUGUUGUGCACAA